AUGAGGCAGUCCACUUCGCCAGUCAACUUCAGUUUGCAACCGGAAGCAUUACGGGCCAAUUGUUCAGUCGGCUUCACAUGUGGCUUACCGAUUCGUUUCCACGUUCGUUCACUGAGCAGCGUGAUAUCGGAGCCAGUGCAACCGAACUGGGAUGUCGUUGAUACGAACCGUCACGAACUUCCUUCGGCAAGCAAAAUCAACUUUGAAUGUUGCCGCCACCGAGUUGGACCGCGAUUUAUGGGCUUCACGGUGGUGUGCGGAUGGCUGCAGUCUUUGAGAUCGAUACAAAUCUUCUUUGUGGCCGCGACGAAUGCACUUGGAAUAUUUGUGACGCCUGAACUGGCAAUAACGAGCAAAAUGCCACUCACCACAAUGCCAGCAACUUGUGGGAGGCUUACUUUGUCUUCGAUCGGACGUCUUGUUGGAUUUCCUGGGCAAGAUGGACUGAGGUCGCGGGGCAGCUUGGGGAGAAUGAAAUUUAUGAACCUUUCAUGCUCCGGUGUGCCGAGUUUUCGCAGCAAUAGUCUGACUUUCCAUCCAUCGUCAAAUUUGGAAAAAUCAGUUUUGAACAUGUCUUCGUACCGCUUGAACCAGGAGUCAAAACUUAGCUCUCGGUCUGAGCCUCCCAAGCCAGCGUUCACGUCAAAACAACCACCAAAGGUGCACAAGGUCUAUUAA